UUUGGUUCCUUUUUUAGUCGGCCGAGUCUAGAGCAGCUGUCUGGGAUUUCUUAAAGGUAAAACCAGACUCCAAACCAGAUGUCAGUCCACCAUUACGCUCGGCAUUCCCGAACGGUGGGAAACAUCGAUUUAUCAUAAUGAAAAUCCACCUUUUGAGUGCCUGACGGAGAUAUUUAAAUCGGAAUGCAGUCGUCCACAGUGGACCAAGGCUAUGGUGACUCCAUGGGUUCGGCCACUGGUUCAGUGGUGCAGGUGUGCUUCCCCAGCGUGCAGACAUCAGUGCUGGACAGCCUGAAUCGGCAGCGUGAAGAAGGUCAUCUCUGCGACCUCUCCAUCCAUGUUCAGGGCCAGGUGUUCAAGGCCCACCGAUGUGUGCUGGCUGCAUCGUCACCUUACUUCCAUGACCAGGUGCUGCUGAAGAACAUGUCCACUGUCUCCAUCCCGGCCGUCAUGGACCCCCUGGCCUUUGAGAGUGUCCUCAGUUGUGCGUACACUGGCCAGCUGCGAAUGCUCCGCGAAGACAUUGUUAACUACCUCACCGUUGGCAGUGUGCUUCAAAUGUGGCACAUUGUGGACAAAUGCACUGAGCUUCUCAGAGAGGGCAGGGGAGGUUCCAGUGGAGCUCAGGGAUCUGGAGACAAGGAGAAUGCAGGACACAGCGGCGGCAGCAACAAGGUCACCCAAGCGGACGGAGGAGACGCACCUUCUACUCCUCAACCUCCCAGUCGACCUUCCUUCAGCGAGAGCCAAUCCCCGAGCAGCACCAAUUACUUCAGUCCUAGAGACGCAAACUUUGGCGGGGCCAUGGUGACAACCGGAGCAGUAGGAGAGGGUGCCGUACACUCCACCCCGACCUAUUGCAUGCCCUCAGGUGGAGAGGAAGGUUUCAUGAUUGAAGAAGAUGAAGACGACGACGAUGAGCUCUUGUUUCCCAGAAAAAGUGAUCGGGGAGGCAAGCGCAAGGGCUCGACCUCCGUCUCCGAUCAAGAGGUUGGGGUGAGUGACAGCUUUGGCGUUUCAUCGUAUCAAGACGGAGAUUCUUCACCCAACCAGAAGCGGCCGUCGUACAGUCAGCCGAGCAUUAUGCCCAGAAAACAGUGGGUGGUGGUGAAGACGGAGCACUCGAGAGACGACGACCUGAUUGUAGUGUCAGGAGGAGAGGAAGGAGGUGACGAUGAAGAGGAAAGAGAGAUGGAGAUGGUCAGAGAGAGGGACAGGACAUUUAACAUAUCAAAUGUUAGGACCCUCUCUGGACUCAGAGAAAAUGCUGAAAUGGAGGCACAGUUUGACUAUUGCCAGUCCUCGGAAGACUACCUCAAGUUUGAGAGGGGUUUGAUUGACCAGACAUCCUCUCAACACCCUCCUGAGAAUCCUGGUCAAUGCCCCAACAGGGCCGUAUCCGCCCUGCUCGGCUCGGUUCAGUCAACGGCGGCCAGAGCUCAGCUCUUCCCUCUGGAUAUGCAAGGAAACCAGAUUCUUCUGUACAAUCAAGCCGCCCUGGAGUCAACAUCUCCAAUAGGGCUUGCAGGAAGUGUGUCCGGGGUGUCUCUAAAAGGGAGCCUCGAACAUGGAGCGGUCCACUUACCCAGCCAAGGUGCACUGGGUAGCGGCAUGGAAGGAUUAGACGGCGGCAUGGCUGGCAAUUCAGGCAAGGUCUUCAUGUGUCAUUGCGGGAAGACAUUCACACACAAGAGCAUGCGGGACCGCCACAUCAACAUGCACCUGGACUUGCGGCCCUUCCACUGCCCCGUCUGCGCCAAGAAGUUCAAGAUGAAGCAUCACCUCACAGAGCAUAUGAAGACCCACACCGGUCUGAAACCCUACGACUGCCACGGCUGCGGGAAGAAGUUCAUGUGGCGUGACAGCUUCAUGAGGCAUCGCUCACAUUGUGAGAGACGCAGCAAGGGUGACGGAAGAGCGGGAUCCGAAAGAUCCGUCAUCUCUCCGCCACAUCAUCUGAAGCUCUCAUCGGCCAGCGAGUCCAAUCAAGGUAGCACUGGCACCAGGAGCGGGAUUCCCGUUUUGUCUCCGCAACAUUCCAUUAGCAGCAAUGGCGUCUCGUGUCUCAGCAUGGGAGCACCAGGGUCUCUUCUAGGAAUCAGUUCUCAAAGUGGGCCGCACAGCCUUGGAUCUGGUGUUCUUGGCAUUGGUGGUAAUCGUAGUGGGGGUGUAGAGGAAGUCUGUGAGGGUAACGUUGACGAAAGCAGCGUCACAUAGGCUGUUUCCUCCCAAGACCACCGUCUCGCAAAACCUGAACAUUUGUCUUUGGUUUCAAAGGGACCACGUGCAGAAUUGUCUGAUUCUUUACCUCAUGUCGGUGAGUGCGCCAUACAAGAUGUCCCAUGUGUGCAACAACCAAGUGCCCAUUGCUAGCUCACAUAUGUAUGUACUUAAAGACCAGGCUGCUAUGGUGACUGUCAAAACCGUACUCCGGCCAGGAAUAUGGGUCAGUCGCCGUAACGUUCAAGCUGCCUCACUAGCACAGAACAUUUGUUCACGGUUGCUCUGAAGUGCCAUUCUGUUAUGUUGUACGAUAUUAUGUUGUACAGAGUUGUACAUUACUGUAACUCAUUUGGUCCGUCUUGAUGUGAAGUUAUAUUGUACUCACUCAACUAUAUACAGUAUAUUCACUUUCAAAGGUUGGUAACACUUUAUUUUACAGUGUCAUUGUUACAUAUGUUACAUGUAGUUACUAUAGUAAUAACUAUAAAUUAUGCAUAAUUACAUGCAACUAACCC